CAUACAAGCCGGCAAAUUAGAAAUCUAACUUAUACCCCAGAUCCCUGCCCAAAUUUAAAGAAAGAACCAGAACAGACAUAGUAUUUUGUCCUGUGUAGGGCCUUCUGUUAUGGGAGCUAUGCUAUACAGGAACAGGGACCCAGUGAAGGAACUGGGUGGGUAGGUGGAGAAGGAUGUGCAGAUGAGGGCUUGUUAGUAGGAGGAAUGGGGUUUCUGCUUUAGCGUCUCUGCCCUUUUUCCCCUCAGACGACUGUCUUUCAUCAUGGUCACCUGUGAUGGUAGUGAGAACAAAAGCACCCUAAAGAGGGGGACAGAGGAAGACUUGCACUCACUCUGCACAUGAGGCAGGACAGUAUGGGGCACUUGAAUGUGAGGAGGCAUGGAAGAUCUGCAGAGAAGCCAGCUGACUGGAGAAUAUUUGUCUUCCAGCCUUGGGCAUGAGUACUGGGCAAUUGGCCAUUGGGGACCAAUGGAAUAAUCUAAACGGAAUGUUCUGAGUAGAUGGCCAUUUUUUCAAAUGAAGUCUUUUUCUUCUUUUGUUGUUGCUAUUUCAUAGAUUUAAGUGUUGGUUUAUUUUCCUCCUCUCUAAAGGGCACUCAUGUUUGCUGACUCCUAAUUUAUUUGACUGGGAUGUAUAGCUGUGGCCUGACAAAAAGCCGCUCCAUCUUUCUUCCUUAUCAAAAGCAGUCUCUUCUCUUUUGACAGGUGAGGAGGCAUCUAUAAGAGACCCUGAAGGAGCUUUCAUGAAACUAUUAAAAGCUCGGAAGAAGAACACAAGCACAGAGCUGACGAUUGAGCCAGAGAAGGCAUCCUCAGACAAAACUGGCAUGAACUGGGCAAAUAUGAAUGAGCAGCUAGACCUAAAUGAUAAAAGUGAAAUUAUACAUGCACUAAAUUACUUAUUAUCUUAUCUAUCAGAGGGAAACCUAGAAGACAUACAAUCAACAUUAUUACCAUUCAUUAAACUGCUUUUUUCAAAUGUACAGGAUGAAGAUACACCCCUGGAUUAUUUGGAAAAAAAUACAAAUAGCCCCUCUCUUAUACCUGAAUCCAACAAUUCACCCUACGCAAAUAAAUUGAGGAAGCUCUAUUUUCUUGAAAAUUUGUUAGAUACAGAAAUUGAAGAAAAAUUGAUGAGGUUAAGAAAAAAGAAAAAACUGCCAUGCUUAUGCAGUCUAGUCCUUUAGGACCCAAAGUUAAACACCAAAUAUUUUUAAAUAAAUUAGAAACUGGCCAACCACAGGACGACAUCCUGGCAAAGCUUGAGAGUGUAGAGGAAAGGCUGCAGAGAGCGUACAGAGUCCUCAAGAGGCGAAGAGGCAUAAAGAGCAGGCACUUCAAACAAGCGAGGGAUCAGAGAAUCACUGAAAGAUCAGAGCAUCAAGAGGGAUCAGAGCAGCACAAGAAUUCUGCUGCAGAUUCUCCUGUGACUGCAUUAAAGUCAGUGCCAACUGCUAAACAACCCAAUGAAGCACAAUGGGAAUAUGGCAGCUGGGAGAUUGACUUACCCCCCAAGCACAAAGACUUCAGUCACCCAUCGCAUUCAUCCCCAGGUGAUCAAUUGGAACUUCAGCUAAACCAGCACCUACAAUCCCUCAUGUCCAACAAUGACAUGAGAAGGCUCAUUUCUCAUGUUAUCUGGACUUUGAAAACGGACUGCUCUGAGCCCUAUGUACAAAUGGCUUGUGCCAAGCUCAUCUCCAGAACAGGCCUCCUGAUGAAGCUUCUCAGUGAGCAGCAGGAAGCAAAGGCGUCCAGGGCAGAAUGGGAUCCGGACCAAUGGAAAAGUGAGAACUACAUCAGUGAGAGCCCAGAAGCCCAGGGUGAACAGAAAGACCAGGAGUCACCUGAGCUCACUAAAUAUGUUCCAGGAUAUGGCCAUGACAACAAACUCAUCUUGGCAUAUUCCGUGACUGUCAUAGUGACAAUUUUGAUUAUAAUUUUCUGUCUCAUUGAGAUUUAUUCUCACAGAAAAGUAUCAGAAGGAUCCCCAAGGGGCUUUUUCGGAUUUCUGCUGAGGAGAGGCUCCGAGAAACAUCAGUCUCAGAAGGGCCUUUUCCAUUUAAGGAAGCCUCUUUGGCUUAGGGAUAUGUACAAACGGCUGAGUGUGACCCGCCAGAAAAACAUGGCCAAAAAGCUGCAUGAAAAGAAGUCUUCAGACGAGGCACUCCGUGAAUCAGCCCGAACAGAGGACUCCGUGUUCAUAGAUAUGCCUGACAAGGGAGAGGAAAGCUAGGUGCCCGAGGGGAACACAGAGUGACCCCGUCCUGCCUCAGGCCACCUGCAAAUCUUAUUUUCUCACCUUUCAGCACUGCGUAUAAAAUACUUUUCUUAUUAAAACAUAAAAUUCGUAACCAA